AUGUAUGCUGAACAGUUGAGCCUACGGCUGCGCAUACAGACCAUAUCCAGGCCACGAUUGAGGUGUACAUAUGCGACGACUCCUUACAGUACCCCAGCACCUCAUGCCUCUCGAAUAACAGAAGCAGAUGUUGAUGGAGCUAGGUCAUACUGCUCCAAUCUUGUACAAAAGUUCGAUUCUCCCUCCCAUGUUCUCCAAACCUUCGUCCCUCCUCAAGCCCGCGAUGCAUACCUCUCCAUUCGAGCUCUGAAUAUCGAGCUUGCCAGAAUACCAGAUCUAGUAUCAAAUCAAAGAGUUGGAGCUCUUCGUAUGCAAUUCUGGCGGGACAAUAUAACUCGCACAUUCGCCGAUACCCCACCAAAAGAACCUGUUGCCAUCCUCCUCCAUAAUGCUCUUACAUCCCUCAAAAGUAGGCAUCCUGGUAUCAGCACGAAUGUCAUGAAAGGAUGGUUCAUGAAAGUCAUCAAUACAAGAGAGCAGUAUAUCGACAAUCGUCCAUAUACGAACAUGGAGGCGUUGGAGACGUAUGCGGAGAAUACAUAUUCAACCUUGAUGUACUUGACGCUAGCAGCUCUCCCUCUAAACUCAAUGGCAACGGACCAUGUAGCAAGCCAUAUUGGGAAAGCUGUCGGAAUUACUGCUGUUCUUAGAGGCUUGCCACUGAUUGCGUUUCCGCCACCACCGAAUCACCACAACAAUAAUUCAGCGUUCGGAGGCGGUCGCCAAGGAGCUGUGGUAUUGCCCUUAGAUGUAAUGGCCGAAGCUGGAGUCAAGGAAGAGGAGGUAUUCCGGCAAGGAGCUGAAGCACCAGGAUUGAAAGAUGCGAUCUUCACAAUUGCUACGAGGGCCAACGAUCAUCUGAUUACGGCUAAGGAGAUGCUGAAGAAUCUGCAGCAGGGCAAAGAUGCGGGUCAUGAUUUCGAGCACGAGGGAGAAGAAGGUCAUGAGUACGCCGAGCAGAGCUCCACUAGUCGCUCACAGGUUGAUGAUAUUGAGAGAGGAUUUGGAGUUCUUAUGCCAGCUGUGCCAACAAGGUUAUGGCUGGAGAAGUUGGAGAAGCAUGACUUUGACAUUUUCAGACCUGAGUUGCGAGCUAGAGACUGGAGAUUGCCUUGGAAGUCCUAUUGGGCAUACUCUAGGCGAACUUUAUGA